AUGAAAGAAACUACGUCAGCUUUUGACUUUAUUAUAGACUUAUCUCCAUCCUCAAAAAUAAGAAGCCAAUUUAGUGAUGAAGAAUGGGCUGAGUUAGUCAAUAGAGGACCUAAAGAGGCUCAGAAGUCAUACCAUCAUGAAAUCGAGCCACUUAUUUCCCACUUAUUUAGCGAAAAAAUGAAUCUUUCACAAGCUCGUAAAAAGUGGUACGAUAUUAGAAAUUUAGCGUCUCCUGAAUACAAUAAUGAGUUUUCGUAUAAAGAGAAUGAUUGGGAGAAAAUAAAACUUUGGGUUGAGCAAAUAACAGGACGUUUGUAUCUUGAAGGCAUUCGAAUCAUGCCAAAAUCCACUUCAAAAUGA